AGGACAGACAGGCAGGAGCAUACGCGCGCGUGUGUGUGUGUGUGAGGGAGAAAGAGUGCAAGUGUGUGUGCGUGCAUGUGUCAGAGACACUCACACUCCUCACUGCAAGGAGACACACACACAUCCAUUUUUCUGUCCUGUUUGAAAAGAAGGGGAAAAAGAGGGGAUAAAGAAUCUUAAUAUUAUCCCCCUCGUCCCCUAAUCAACUUUUUCCUCCUCUGUUUUCAAUUUUGGGAUUUUUUUUUUUCAAUUUUUUUUAAUUUUUUCUUACCUGACUUGGAAUUUAAACUGAUCAAUUUACCUAUCUGUCAAGGCAAGACAUACCUCAUGGAUUUAUACCUGUUUGGAUAUUUUAUGUGCGUGUGGUUGUCCAGUUCCAGGGUGCAUGGAGGCUAUCCCAUCUGGUGGUCCCUGGCCCUGGGGCAGCAGUACUCCUCUCUGGGCUCCCAGCCCAUCCUGUGCGGCUCCAUCCCCGGCCUGGUGCCCAAGCAGCUCCGCUUCUGCCGCAACUACAUCGAGAUCAUGCCCAGCGUGGCCGAGGGCGUCAAGCUGGGCAUCCAGGAGUGCCAGCACCAGUUCCGAGGGCGGCGCUGGAACUGCACCACCAUCGAGGACAACCUGGCCAUCUUCGGGCCCGUGCUGGACAAGGCUACCCGGGAGUCGGCGUUCGUGCACGCCAUCGCGUCGGCCGGGGUGGCGUUCGCCGUGACGCGGUCCUGCGCCGAGGGGACCUCCACCAUGUGCGGCUGCGACUCGCACCACAAGGGCCCGCCCGGCGAGGGCUGGAAGUGGGGCGGCUGCAGCGAGGACGCCGAGUUCGGGGUGCUGGUGUCCCGCGAGUUCGCCGACGCCCGGGAGAACCGCCCCGACGCCCGCUCAGCCAUGAACCGGCACAACAACGAGGCGGGGCGUACGACCAUCCUGGACCACAUGCACCUGCGCUGCAAGUGCCACGGGCUGUCGGGCAGCUGCGAGGUGAAGACGUGCUGGUGGGCGCAGCCGGACUUCCGCACGCUGGGCGACUUCCUGAAGGACAAGUACGACAGCGCCUCGGAGAUGGUGGUGGAGAAGCACCGGGAGUCGCGGGGCUGGGUGGAGACGCUGCGCGCCAAGUACGCCUUCUUCAAGCACCCGACGGAGCGCGACCUGGUCUACUACGAGAGCUCGCCCAACUUCUGCGAGCCCAACCCGGAGACGGGCUCCUUCGGCACGCGGGACCGCGUCUGCAACGUGUCCUCGCACGGCAUCGAGGGCUGCGACCUGCUCUGCUGCGGCCGCGGCCACAACACGCGGACUGAGAAGCGCAAGGAGAAGUGCCACUGCAUCUUCCACUGGUGCUGCUACGUCAGCUGCCAGGAGUGCGUGCGCGUCUACGACGUCCACACCUGCAAGUGAGGCCGGGCGUGCGGCGCGCGGACUGUGCGGCUCGCGCAGCCCCAGAAACACGCAGACAAACGCGAAAACACACACGCGCGCACACAUGAACACACACGCAAGUACACGCGCACACACGCAUGCAUGCACGCAUUUACACACAAACACACACGCAUGCACGCAUUUACACACACACACACACACAGAUACGCAGGCACGCAUUUACACACAAACACACACACACACACAUACGCAGGCAUGCAUUUACACACACACACACACACAUACGCAGGCACGCAUUUACACACAAACACACACACACACACAAAAAGGCACUUCUAUACCGAAAUCCUUUCUUUUACCUUUAUUCAAAAACCAUUUGAGAGAAAGCCACUCCCCCAGCACUGUCAGACUUACAGAAGGUCCGGGCCCAUUGGGGGGAGCUGUUUCUUGGUCCCCAAAUUACUCCUUCCCUCCCCCUCCCAGCAACAUUGAGAUUGAGAUCCACCCCUUGCUUAAAUCUGAUCCUAACCACAGGAGGCUGGGCGACUGAACUGUUCUUCAGCUGUAAGAGAAUCAGAGCAGAUAGGGCCGGUCAGUAAGAGCGUGUGCAGCCGUGUAGGGAUGUGUUCCUCUCCUGAAUGCUGAGCAGCCCUGCUCUCUCCUGCUCACAAAACCCACACUCUCAAGCUCAGGUCUUGGAGGCUGUGCACUGAAGCAAGCCAAGGCCCUGCACCUGCCACUAAUGAGCACAUGUGAGAUCACAAACAAUAUCAGGCCCCACCCCCCGUACCCUGAGUCAAGCCCCUGCAGUCAACCUGGAUGCCUGAAAAGAUAAGCUACGGCACGAUUCCAUCGGAGCACAUUUCUGAAAUGUGGGCGACGGCCUGAAGAGAGGGGUACUGCCUUCUCACAGCAAUAGAAGCUCCCCCCAGUAAUCCUUAUUCAGCUGCAUGUAUGCAAGAGAAGGGCCAGAGAACCCAGAAAACAAAGAGCUUUCAUUCAUUCCUGUUUAUACAGUCCUCUAUGCCUCAGUGGAACAGAUGCAACUUCAAUUCUCCUGCCUGGUGGAAUUUGCACUUACGAUAAUUAACAUUAGCGGUAAUGACCGGGAGAUUUAGCACUUGCUCGUUUCUUUUAACCCAAUUAAAUUUCACAUCGUUGAGUUCAUACUGCAGUGCUUUCUUCUCAUCCCGAAAUUUCUCUUAGCAUUAAUAAAAAGGGGGAACUAGCAAACAGGAGCAGAAAAAGGCCUCUGGGAUGAAGGUGAAGAUGUAACGCGCGAACCAUAUCCAUGCUUUGCGCUUGAAAGUUCUGCCACGAACCCCAAGGCACGAGCACGUAGACCUCCUGAGGAUUUUAUUACCACUGGAAACGGGGCAGGAGAGCUCUGUGCUCUUAGAAAUGGGGCAGAAGAGCUCUGUGCUCUUAGAAACGGGGCAGGAGAGCUCUGUGCUCUUAGAAACGGGGCAGGAGAGCUCUGUGCUCUUAGAAACGGGGCAGGAGAGCUCUGUGCUCUUAGAAACUGGGCAGGAGAGCUCUGUGCUCUCAGAAACGGGGCAGGAGAGCUCUGUGCUCUUAGAAACGGGGCAGAGGGCAGGAUAAAUGUCAUCUGGGCCAGCUGGAGAAACAACGACCGUCGGCGGUUGUGGACCACUCCAAAACGCCGAAAAUGGAAGGGAGGGAAGGGUUUCACUUCACUCGUGCGAGGCCUCACCGCGACAUCACCCCACAGCCUUGCAGCCUAUGAGUUAUAUUUAACAACGGAAAGCGAGCAUAGAGUAGGCUUUUACGCUAUGAUGUAGCUUCACGCCUGCACCCCCUAUUUAAAGGUCCCCCAUGGCAGCCCCACCAUUUUGUUUUGCCUGUUUUUUUUUUGUCUUUCGCUAUAUCCAAAGUUUUGUACAAAGUUUUUAAAGUUAAUAUUUCCCUUUUUAUUUUAUAAUCUGAAAUGCUAUGUUUUUAUAAAUAUUAUUUAUUAUAUAAUGUAUAUACCUGUAUGACUGAACUAAGAGUAUAUAUUUGAAGAAUAAAUUCUUGUCUCAUGCUUGCUUUGUAUUUUCAUUCCCAGUCAUUCUUUUGCCUGUUA